CAGGAGUACGCAGCACUGGGCACCGGUGGUGGCAUCUAUCACUUCCGAGACCAGAUCCUGGCAGGUGGUGCUGAGGCCUUCUUUGUCCUCAACGCAGACGUGUGCUCAGAGUUCCCCUUGCAGGAGAUGCUGGAGUUCCGGCAGCGGCACGGGGACGCGCACAGCUUUGUCAUUCUGGGUACCACAGCCAACAGGACGCAGGCGCUGAAUUACGGCUGUAUCGUGGCCCACGCGGACACGCAGGAGGUCCAGCACUAUGUGGAGAAGCCCAGCACGUUUGUCAGUGAGAUCAUUAACUGUGGCAUCUACCUCUUCACACCUGCCAUCUUCCAGCACAUCGGUGAGGUCUUCCAGAGGAACCAGCAGGAGCUAGCGCUCUAUCCUUACCUUGGAGAGGAGAGCUCCAACGGCUGGCAGCGUGCAGAGGUGAUCCGCCUAGAGCAGGACGUUUUCACGGCGCUGGCUGGGAGUGGCAAACUCUAUGUCUACAAAACUGAUGGCUUCUGGAGCCAGAUCAAGUCAGCUGGCUCUGCUAUCUAC